AUGGCUGCAUUAAGAAGUUCACAAUUAGAAAUUUUAAUAGAUAAUGAAUGGCAUAAAGUUGGUGGAAUAGCUGAUGAAACAGCCUUAACAUUAACUUCUUUCAAUGAUAAUUUAGAUGAAGAUACAAUUACAAAUGAAAGAAGAAUGGUAAGAAUCUGUAAACAAGAUGGCAAUGGACUUGGGAUUAGUAUUAAAGGAGGUGCUGAUAUUAAAAUGCCUGUAUUUAUAAGUAAAAUUUUCAAGGGUAUGGCUGCUGAUAUGACUGGGCAACUUUUUGUUGGUGAUAAAAUAAUUUCUGUUAAUGGGAUACCACUUGAAAAUGCCACACAUGAUGAAGCUGUUAGAACAUUAAAAAAAGUUGGUAGAAUUGCUGAUCUAGAAGUGGCUUUUGUUAAAGAUAUAUAUAUGAAAAGAGAUAGUAUUUUGGAUAAAAUUCAGUGGGAUGAUGAGUCCAAAGAUAGAGUUAAAACUAUAAAUUUAAAAUUAACCUGUAUCACUAGAACAAGACUUGAUAGAGAAGAUCUUGAAAACAGGUGCUUUGAAAUUAGAUCUCCAUCUGGUAGAUUUAUAUUAACCUUUCGAUGUCAAAAUGAAGGUGAAGCAGAUGCAUGGUUUGAAACAUUACAUAGUUGCGGCGAAUCAUUAUUAACCCAGGCUUUGGCACAGGUAAAUCUGAUGCUAGGACAGAAUCCACAAGUCAGAAAAAUGGGUUGGUUAUUAGAACAAACUGUUGAUCAAGGAAUUUUGGUAUGGAAACCAUACUUUGCUGCAUUAACAAUGAACGAUUUAUUAUUUUAUGAAUCUGUUCCUUUAAUAAAAUCUGAAUGGGCAAUGCCCAUAAUUACAAGACCUUUAAUAGCUACAAGAAUUGUCCAGACAACUUCAAGAACAUGUCCAGUUAUUCAAGGUUUGUCUGAUGUGAUUUCAUUUACCAUAAGAACAGGAACACAAGAUGGAGUCAGAAGUCAUACAUUUAGGGUUGAAACACAUCGUGAAUUAGCAAGUUGGGUAAAAAAUAUUGUCCAAAAUACUAAUGAAAUAUGCUAUGAAGCAGAACAAAUUUCAACACCAUGUGUAUGGCAGGACCGACAAUGUGAAUUGAUAAUAAACAUUGAAAAAGGAAUUUGCCUUCUUGGUCCUCAAUCAGAACUUUUAUGGCAAUAUCCUUUUGAAGCAAUUCGUGCAACAGGUGAUGACGGAAAUCAAUUUCUUUGGAUUGAUUUUGGUCCUGGUUCACCUGAAAUAGAAAUUGAUUUACUUGGAUCUCCAAAACCUUUUGUCUUUAUUUUGCAUUCUUUCCUUGCUGCUAAAGUUUAUAAUCUUGGUUUGUAUGCUUAA